AUGUUCGGGUUACCACAACCGAAGGUAUUUGUCAUUGCUGAGGACGUGACCACCGGAAAGCCAGAUCCACAAGGGUAUUUUCUGGGAAAGAGCCGUCUAGAAAUCCGAGACCCAAGUACAAUUAGUGUUUUUGAAGACGCUCCAGCAGUUAUCAAGGCCGAAAAGGCCGCGGGAUUCAAAGUAAUCGCGGUUCAAGCGUCAUAUCCACUAGAGAAAUUGCUGGAGGCGGAUCCGGAUUGGAUUGUCGAGAACUUGUGCAGUGUUACUGUGAAGGCUGCUAGCAAUUUCAAAGUCCAGAUUGAGAUCAAGAAUGCCUUUCAAUAG